AUGAAAAUUUUUGACCAAUGGCAAGCUUCUCUAAGACGCUGGAUUAAUGAUGAAACAAAGAAAUUGGGCCUUGUAAUUGCCCAUUUGAUUGGUGUAUGGUGUGAGUUUGGGCCACAAGGCCCACAACCAAAACGACACCGUUGCAGAAAAGGACGAGUCCCACCGCCUCAUGUGUCUAAAGCUCAGGCGCCGCCGGUCUCUCUCUGGGGACCGAGAGAGAGUUCUCUUCUAGCGGCGGAGACAAAAACGAAGAAGAAGAUGGCGAGCAAUCUGGGCCGUCUAUUCACAUCAGCAAUCGAGCUUUCCAAGCCUCCAAAGUUAUCUCUAUCCUUCGGCAGAUCCGAACUCUCGAUCUCAGCGAUUCGACUUAUUUGGUCUUCGACGCAGCGAAAACAAUCUCAUCAAGAAAACCCCAAGGAACCAGAAGGUGAGGUCUCGGAAAACUCAGAGAAGCUCGAAAGUGAAGAUGACGAUACUCGCAAUGGCGAUGCUGAAGAUGAGGAUAUGAGGACAGUGAUGGCGUUCAAGUGAAUAAAGAGACCGGUGAGAUCGGAGGUCCCAGAGGUCCCGAACCUACUCUCUUCGGCGAUUGGGAACGAAACGGUGGGUGCUCUGAUUUCUGAGAUUCGGUCGAUUCACAGCCGUUGAUUUAGGAAUGGAGUGAAGCUAUGAGGUCAGUCAGAUUUUAUUUUGGGUAAUUGCGAGAUCAUCUUAUUCUGGGCUGAUUCAACACUUUCUGAAAUCCAUUUCUAUAGUAUAGUUUUUGUUUGAGGGUCCGAAGAGACCUUAUUAUAUAUGAACUUUAUCAACACAAACGAAUGUCCUUGAUUUUGGAAAUUAUUCAGAGAUGCAAAGGAAACAAAGCUCACAUCGACUGUACAAUGAUGGACAUUUCAGUAAAUAAAAUUGCACAAUAAAUUUUGAUUAAAAAAAUAAAAUUGCACAAUAAAUCAAAUUUGAUUAUAUUUCUAAGCUCCGACUAAAUUCAAGUAACAAAUGAUUCGGUCACAUAUUUAUAAAGAUUAACAAACUUAAA